CUUUCCCUGUGUUAUAAUUAUAAAGGAAUGUUUGUGUGUAUGUGUGUGUUUUUUUUUUCUUUUUAACUCUAAAUUAUUAUGUUUCAAAUUGGUGCUAAAUUAAGAGGCAACAUUAGAAAUGAAGCGAAAAGACGUAUUCAUCUACAACGACAUUAUCCAUUAAUAAGACCUAAUGUUCGACCUAGGAUUAUGAUACCCAAUAAUAAUAAUACAUUAUUUAUACAACAUCGUUCGAUAUCGAUUAUACCUACCAUUGUACGAACAACUCUUAAAGCUACUAGAUUACCUUUAAUUCUCACUGGAACUGCUCUUGCAGGUGCAAGUGCAGCCUCAGAUAAAUUCCAAGAGUUGGCAAAUAAAGGGCAUGAAUUUAUAUCGGAUAUAAAGGGAAAGUUGAAUAGUUUUGGGGAAAGUAUAGAAGAUAUUGAUAUCAGGAUACCAGAGAUGAAUAUUAAACUAUCAGAUCUUCUUCGUGACAUAUUGAAAAGGGAUAAAUCAGUUGAAGAAUCAUCGUCGUUAAACCAUACAUACAACACAAAGGAAACAUCUCAAGAGAAAGAAGGAAAUAUUAUUCUACAACCGUUAGCAGAAACUGAGAAAAAAGAAACAGUCAUAAUACCACAGUCUAUUGUAAAAGAAGAGGAGAAGGAAGAAGAAGAAGAAGAAGUAGUAGCAGCAGCAGUAGUAGUAGUAGAAGAAGAAGAAGAAGAAGAAGAGGAACAGGAAGAAAAUGCCGCAUUAAAAAUGAAAUAUCAAGAUCAACAAUUCUUACUUUUGUGUAAAAAGUUUGCAAAUAUACGAAACACACUUUUAUCAAUUCAUCAUCCUAUUAUCCCUGCCAUUCCGUCUAUGGUUAUUAUUGGGUCUAGAGGUAUUGAUGAUCAAGAUAAUUCAUCUACCAUAGUAGAUUCUAUAUUAGGGCAACCUUUCUUAUUAGCGAGGGAAGUUUAUAACGAUAAUACUGUUUUUGAAUUUCGAUUUGUAAAUGACCCAGACUUAAAAGAGCCUAGAGUAGAAUUGUUAUCCAGCCAACAAACAGAGGGAAAAAAGUAUUUUGAUUUGAAGGAAGCAUCUGAGUUGAUAAAACAACAAAUAAAUAAGAAGAAGCAUGACGAUAUAAUUAGAAUAUCUAUUUCUGCACCUAAUGUGCCUUUUCUUAAUCUCUAUGAUUUACCCAAUAACACUAACAGUAAUACAACGUUAUAUGAAGAAUAUAUUAAACAAAAUCCUCAGGCAAUAAUUAUGGUUGUUUGUGAUACAUCAAUACCUUUAAAGGAAAACCCUACAUUGAAAAUAUGUGAAAAAUUUGAUCCACUCGGUAGAAGAACAGUAGGGAUAUUAACAGCAGCAAAAAAUGAAGGAAUAGAAACCAAAAACAACAACACAGAGACGACAUCUGCUGUCAAUGAGGUUGAACAAAAUCAGGAACCUGCUACCGUCGUUAGCAAUAAAAAUGAUUAUGAUUUACAUCUAUCACGUAAUUUAUUAUUGGGCUAUAUUGAUACAACCAUGCAUUAUUUUCCUAAUCAAGCAGCAGAUGAAUACCGAGAGCAGCAGCAUCAUAUUAUUCGCCAUCAAAUAUUUAGUAUGAUCGAGCAGUCUAUGGGACGUUCCAUCUAUAGCAUAGUUAAUUCAGUUAAAAAUGAAUUAGAGGAAACUCGAUAUAUUUUCAAAGUAGUAUACAAUGAUCGAGAAAUGACAGCUGCCUCCUAUUUAACAGACACAAUGAAUGAGCUUAAACGUCACUUCAAAAUAUUUUCAAAUGCUCUCGGAAAACCUCAAUUACGAUCUGAAGUGCGUCGUUUGCUUGUUGAACAAAAUGUCCUUAAUAUUUGUGCUGAACAAUAUUGGUCAGAUCCUAAUAUAUUAAAUAUCACAAAGGGGUUGCCCUCAUCAGAUGAAUUCUACUGGCCAUACAAAUUAGAUUUAGCUGCUGCAGCUAUGACUAAAAGUGGCAUUGGGCGCUUAACGACUCAAGUUGUAAUAGAUGUGAUUAUGAAUAAUAUGAAGCGUUUAGUUCAGAUUGAGCCCCUUGAAUUUCAUCCUCAUAUUCAAAAGAAGAUUGUAGAAUAUACUGGAGAAAUGCUUGGGCAAAAGUUCUUAUCAACAAGUGAUCAAGUGGAGAAUACAAUUAAACCCUAUAAAUAUGAGGUUGAAGUAACUGAAGAUGAAUGGAAAGAUGGUGUUAAAAGGACUAUUAAGUUAUUAGAGAAAGAACUAGGAAUGUGUGAGGAUAUGCUCUGGACAUUAAAAAAGAGUAUUGGAAGAAAACGGUUACGUAGCGCAAUUAGAUAUGUUUUGGAUAAUGAAAAAACAAAUAACAAUCAAAUCAAUAAUAAUCAACAAUCACAGUUGUUAUUUGAGAAGGCAAAAGAGGCUUUAUUUUUACAAGAUCGUGCCAUGAUUCUUAAAUAUCGAUUAGCAGCUUUAAAUAGUCGACAAUGUAAAACUUCUGAAAAUAAGCAAUUUUGUCCUGAAGUCUUUUUGGAUAUUGUAGCAGAAAAGUUAACAUAUACAGCUGUUAUGUUUAUUCAAGUAGAAUUAUUGAAUGAAUUCUUUUUCAAUCUCCCUGUGGAUGUAAUUGAUGAUCGUAUUAUGCAUCCCAUGUCUUCUGUAGAGAUUGAAGACUUUGCUAAAGAAAAUCCGUCUGUAGAAAAGCAUCUGAUAUUGCAAGAUCGUAAAAAAAAAUUAGAGGAAGUAAUGGAUGUGUUGAAUUAUCUUGUAAAACGACAUGAAUUUCGUCGACCUUCUUCGGCAUCAAAGAAUACCUAGAGAAUAUUAUAUUCAAUAACUUAUUCCCUUUAACUAUCUGUACUAUACUUACUAAUUAUAUAAUACUUAUUUUAAAUAUCAUUAUAUAUUUUAGUGUUAAUUUAUUUGCCGUAUAAUAUUAUACGUUUAAGCUUAUACUUAUUCAGAUAAGUUAUGCUUUAAAAACAAAUUUAUGUGAUAUUGUAUACUAACAUAAAUAAGAUCAACUUUUCUAUAC